ACCAUCGCUAAAGACCAAAGGUCAUGGGUGACUGUGGUUCCUGGUUAGCCUAAACCACAACGUCUGCCAAGACAAACCCACAAGUCCAUGUUAAACGGUAGCAUCUCUAAAGGUACUGACGUCAUCCCUAUACACAGGGGCGGUGCCAUGUUUCAGCAGAAAACGUUAAGGGUCUAAUCGUAACUACCAAAGAGCUGGGAAAGGAUCCACACCUACACACCAAGGGGAACAUUCCACACACGGUACAACAUGAAUGACGAAAGGAGGAUGGUCGAGGCCGCCAUGUCUGGAGACACACAGACGGUGCGACUAUACCUCGACAAAGGUGUAGAUAUCAAUUACGCGAUCUGGAACCGCAACUCGGCCCUGCAAGCCGCCUGCAGAAGGAGCAGACUGGACACCGUCAAGUUCCUCCUGUCGUGCGGGGCAGAUGUCAACAAUGUUACAGGCGAAAGGUGGUCCAACCAGCCCACUGCACUGAUCUUGGCCGCAGAGGAAGGCCAGCUGGAAAUAGUCAAGUUGCUGUUGUCACAUGGUGCAGACGUCAACUUUACCGACAGGUGGCGCUAUUCAGCUCUUCUCUCAGCAGCCGCCAAGGGGCAUGUGGCAUGUCAGGAGAUCCUUAUCGAAAACGGUGCGAACGUUGACCAGACAGGGGUUGACGAUGCGUCUGCCCUCCAUUGUGUCACCGGGGAGGAGUUGACCAUGAAGGACGCCGAUCCUUACCGCAUCUCCCCUCAGGACUCUCUGCGGCUCUGCAGGUCCCUCCUACGGGCCGGCGCCAACCCCAACACCGGGGACGGGAGCGGGCGGGGGACCCCGGUCCAUGUCGCUGCUCGGGGCGACCAUGUCGACCUUACAAGGCUCCUCCUAGAAGCUGGGGCAGAUAUGAACGCCGUGGACUCUCAGGGGAAGAAACCCGUGGACGUGGCUCCGAAAGAGAGUGCCACAAGAGACUUACUGCUCAGUCCCAGCCCGCUGACACUGUGCCAACUGUGCCGGCUCGUCGUGAGGAAAAGUCUCGGGAAAGAACGACUUCACACAAUUGACAGGCUGAAAAUCCCCACGGCGCAUAAGACUUUCCUACAGUUCGACUGAAACUUUUUUGUGUGUGUGUAAGAAUUUUUUUUAUAAAAAUGAUAAUUCUUGAAAUGUAAUCUAUAUAUGCAAAAUAAAAGCAAUGGGAGGUGUAAGUGCUCA